GGAACCAAUCCAAGGCCUGAGUGAGUCCCAUCUCACUGGUACUGUCCAAGUUGACUUUGAUAUCAAUGAUCCAAGAGUUUCCAUUUCAGAUUUGGAGGACAAGAGUAUAAUUAUUACUCAACCGGAUUCUGGGCGAAGACGUUCUACUUGUGGAUUACCAAAUUUAGGAACCUAUUAACACUAAAGUUCAUAUUAAACUUGGAGCUCGCUAUUUGGUGCAGAGAAUUGAUAUCCAACUUCAUAGGCAGGAAGGCAUGGCCAGCAGUUUCGAGUCGUCAGAGCAGAGCUUAAACGUGAUAGGAGUCUUGACUGACAAACCAUUCUUACCCUUUGAAACUGAUGGGGAAGUUAAGUCGGACAAUCACACUGUAUUACAUAUAAUUGAUCAGCAAAAUAUGAUAGAAGGUUUAUAUCUAGACUGAAUCAUUAUUAAUGGACUUGCAAUUGGAGAUGAAAUCGAUAUCAUUUUUGAAAGGCUGAAUUCAAGCCGUAAUCAUAGCGAAUGAAAAGCCAAUCAAGAUCCAUUAAACAACAGCAUGGCUGCUAAAGACAUGCUUAUUGAUAAGCUGUUUGGUAAUUCAUAUGCAGUAUCAAUAGGUGAUGGUAAAGAUGGGGUACCUUAUAGAACCAAUGAGCCCAAGCACUCGGAGUCAGUGAAAGAUUUUACUCCUUCUCUAACUCAAAGAGAUAUGAGCAUUCAAAAUGUUGCUGAAUUCUUAAAGACCAUAAUCAAAAGAAUUACAGUUUUAGGAUUUCCAUUUACUCAGAUGCCUGCAGGCACUAAUAUGAUAAAGAUGCUCAAUAUCAGUAGCAUCUUCAAGAACUAUGGCUAUGUCGACGAGUACUACAACUCUCUGUUUCUUUCAGGACUCACUAUGGUUAGUGCAAGGAAGUAUAUACAAUCUGUUGAGUUCUUCAGGAACAUUCAGAGCAACAUAUUUAACAAAAUUCUAAAUGUUCCUGAUGACAUUUUCAAGAAAGAAAAGAGUCAAGAAGAAACAAAACAAGAGGCUCAAAGUGACCAUGUAUCAGGGAAUCAUCCAUUCAAGGCAACAAGGAUUACUCCUGAGCCCCAGUCACAAAAUAGAACUUUGAGUGACGCCCAAGUUAGGAAGUCCUUGAAGACAGCUGCCAAGCUAGAGAUCCUAAUUGCAGACUGUUGUUCUCAACAUUCUCAGCUGAGAGAGAAGCUUUCUGCAUUUAAGAACGCCACUAUUCUGUAUAAGAUAAAAUCUUUGGAAGAAUUCAAGCAAUCUCUUGCUUUGCUGUCUCCUUCACAGGCUGCAAAGACUCAGCCUUCAUUAUCAUAUUUACAAGAAGAAGAUAUCUACGCUUGUUUGUCACAGCUCCAACCUCAUUUGCUGAGCUUCAUUCUUUCAAAUCUCAACGAUGGAAAUGCUCCGAUCAGGAUUGCUUUCUUGAAGUCUCUGGAAUUUUUAAUAGAUACUCUUGGGCCUUCUCUGGGGCAGCCUUUGCAGCAUAGUCAUCCGAAGACUCUGAUGGCCGUGACUGAGUUAGAGCCCUUGACAGCAACGAUGAAGAACACCUACAACCACUUCUUAUAGAGUCCUUUCUGAGUGUGCUGAGUUCCCUCUCCACAGCCAGUCUGCUUGUGCUCUACAACGAGGUGUUAGUCCCUCGACUGGGCAGACUGGGAGAGGUCACUGCAGAUGUGUGCAUUUACCUACUAAAGAUGGGCGAUAAGGUCAUUGAAAGAUGCCAAGGAGAUGUCCCCUUCAAACUAGAGUUUGUAGACAUGGUAUUUGACAAGGUUUGGAAUAGAGACUCUUCAGCUCUUGGACUUGCUAUAAGAGAGUUCUGGAGCAAAAUGGUCAGACAAGUCUUUGGACGCUAUGGAGAUAAAAGAAUGAAGCAAGUAGGUGAUUGGAUAAUGCAGAGAAUCAAGAAAUGUAAGGAAGCUAGUGAAGAACAUGAGAAAAUGGAAGCAGAUGAACUUACCAGCAUUUUUGAACUUGUAGGAGUUCUUGUUAAAGAAAGAAAAAGUCCAGAAUAUUGGAAUAGCGAUACGAGAAGAUUUGGAAAUUAUUAUGACAGCUUAAAGCAAAGAGGAUCUAUAGAUAACCUAGUGAUAAGAAGAUGACCAAAAGGAGAUCUUAAUUUAGGGCUUUAUAGCUUAGUUAAGCCUGUCUUGUUCUGGUGCGAUUAUUCUAUAGAAAAAGAGUCGAGAAUAAAUUUAUUUAAGCCAGCAUGGAAAGCUUUGGUCAAGUUAUUUGAAUCUCUUCCAGUAAAUACAAAUGACGAGUUAAUUCCAAUAAUAUUACCAUAUUUGAGCAGGAUCCAUGAGUUUUCAAUGAAAAGUUCACCAACAUUGUCAAUGCUGAAAUUUAUCAACCUUAUAAUCAACCCCAUCAACUCCAAUCUCCCUUCCUACUACGACAGGCCUUCCAAAAUGCAGAGCAAGCUCAAUGCGUUUUUGUUGUCCUUCCUCGUCAACUUUGUGCGGUGGGUGCCUCACAACCUGAAUGAAGAAGCGUUCAAAGUUCUUGAAACUUUGCUGGUCACUCUCAGGUUCAGUCUCCGUUACGAACACAUAGAAGCUGUAACACUUGCAUUGCUAGACAAGUACACCAUGCGGAGCAAAAUUCACAAAGAAAUCAUGAGUUUCUUCAUUAGUUUAUUGCUGGAGCAAGACUCUGGUGAUGAAGCCAAUGAUUUUCAGCCAGAGAGACAGAGUUACACACAAGCCUUUGUCAAGAUCAUCAUCAGUGGUCACGACUCGCUUCUGAGUUUACCCCAAGAACAUGGCAAAGACAAUGUUGACUUCCUUGAGAAAGUUGGGCUUAUCAAUUCUCUCAUCAACGACAUGGACGACAGGCACAUUGGACUCUUCGAUUCGAUUGUCAGAAACAAGGCUCUACAGAACUUUUUGUGUCUGAUGGUCCACUCAGGAGUGACCAGCAUCUGCUUGAAGGCACUCGAGAUUGUCCAGAACUUCACCCAGUACUAUGUCCAAGUCUGUGUCACAAAGUACAACGAGCCUGAAGUCCAGCAGUCAGCAGACGAUGAGCAAGCUGACUUCGAGAUCGUGACUCUGAGCCACACGCGGCUGUUUCUGGCACAGAUGAUUGUGAAGAUCUGCUUUCUGUCAGCUGAAAAGUACCAGAACACAAACGCAUACAUUGAGUUUUCAACUCUUUCAUUGUUGAGCAUGCUGUACGAGUCUGUGAUGCCAGCACCAUCGUUUGCAAACGAAAUCUACAAAGCCCAGAACAUCGAAAUGUACAGCAAGAAAGUGAGGCAGAACGAGAUCCCUGAUCUCAGAGAAGUCGACCCCGCUUUGCUACCUCAGUAUGAAAUCAUUGAUCCGGAGUACCUAGCGAUGAGGCUAGACUUGUCUUUCAAGCUCUGGGACUACAUCCGUGCAGGCCUCGACUCUCAGUGGACCAACAUCCAGAAGCUGGCGUAUCGUCUGUUCGGACGCAUUCUACAUAUAGAUUUCCACAACUACAACAAUGAGCUGAAGCGGAAAUUCAAGAAACAAGUUCCGACAUUGCUGAACCUGUUGCUCGAGAAAGAAAACACCGAAGCCAACAAAGGCUGUCUCUACAUUCUGGGAUCAUUCUGAGGCUUUGGCUUCGACUGUUACUGUUCAGGGCUUGAUGUCAGAGAAAGCAUUUUAUUCUUCAGAAGGAACCAGAGCUACAUACCCAAGACUUUAUGGCAGAAGGUAUUCGACAUCAACGACUGGGACGACAAUGUGCAAGAUGCAGCCAAUAUUCUGAUGCAGUUCUGUGCACCGAGAGAGUCCCUGAAAUAUUUCACACAGAUGCGGAAUGAGCAAUAUGAGUUGAAGCUGUCCGAAUUACAGAAUGAGUUGUCUGUUUCAAGAUCUUGUAGGCCUGUUGAAGAUAUCCAAUCCAAAGAAGAUCCAGAAGAAACUGAAGAUGUGUCACAUAAAGAUCAAUCAAACACAGAUAUUUUGAGUCCAUCUUCUAGUAGUGGCAAUAACUCUUUCAGAGAUGAAACUGAAAUGGAAUUCAACGAAAAGUAUUUCUAUAUUGAUAAGUAUAAUAAUCACCAGAUAAAAGAUCUUAUCAAGCUCUUCUUAGCAAAAGUGCUUACUGAUUCUAAAGAAUCGGAAGAAAGCAUGAAGCAGCUCCCUUCUAGUGUAAUAUUUUCACUUCCUAGUAAACUUUGGAUCGAUAAACAAGGCAUUAGCGAUAAAGAGAAUGAGGACAACGAUGAGACAUUUGAGGAAGAUAAACUCACGGACUUCAUAGAAGAUACAAUUGAUGCUACAGAUGAAGACAUUCUCAAAGAUCCUCAAAGCACUGUUUUCCCGUAUGCUUCUAAAUUUGUACAAAGCAAGAAGGAUAUAAAUGAUAAGCUCAAGAAACAAGAAGAGAGCGGAUAUCUUAUAUAUGAGAGACACUUUGAAUCUCAACCAUUCGCACAAGAUGAAGAAGAUAAGGACAUUGAAAUUGAAGUACCAGAGGAAUCAUCGUCAAAAGAGAUAAAUUUUGAUGAGGAUCUUAAUACAGAGGAUCUUGGUAUCAUAGAUAUUGAAGAUGAUGAUGUAUUCGAUGAUGAUAAACUCCCAUUCUUGAAGAAUACAUAUUCUAAGAAAUAUAGACCUAAUAAUAGCAAAAGUGUAGCAGCCGGCUCCAAAUCUAAAGCAAAUAGGAUAGAUUUUGGACGUGAAGAUAUUGGGCCUGAUUCUAGCCCUAGACUAAAGGAAAAUACUUCAACUGUAGUCUCUGCUUCGAAUUCCUCAAAUAUUAAAGAGGAUCAAAAUACAGAGCAACCUUCUCUUUUAAGUGAAGAAUCAAAAAUGGCUCCAAAAUCUGAACUCGAACAAGAAGCUGAUGAAGUUGUAUUCCAAGAAGAACAAGAGCCUCCUUCUGAUCCUCAAGAGGAAGAAAAAGCAACAACCGAGUCUAAAGCCCCAUCUGAAAGCCCAAAAGAGGUUCAAAAUCCAACAUCUCAUCUCUCAGAUCCCACUCCUCCCUCUAAUUCUUCAGAUUCUUCUCCUCCCCCAACAAAUGAUGACCCAGAAGUGACUAAAUCCCAGUCAGAAUCUAAAGUAAUGCAGGACCUUAAAAGCAUCGAGAUAGACUCAGAAACCUCUGAAGGAGAAGAGGAAGAGGACAUCGACAAGUAUCUAGACUACAAUGACGAGGGAGAAUCAGACGAUGAGUUCACCUUCAAGAAAUUCCCAGAGAAAAUCGAAAAUGUAGAAGUCAGUAUAAGUCCUCCAGAAGAUAAAAAUCUUGAACUGAUUGAUGACUUCGAUAUCUGUGUAGAAAAACAAAUUGAAGAGGAUAAGAAAGAAAAUAAAGAGAAAGAUAUAAAGGAAGUUAAGGAAAAUGUAAAGCAAAGAAGAAAGAAGAGACCGGAGGCUAAGAAAGACCACCACAAAAUCCCUGCUUCCAAAAUAACCAAGAAUCCUGACAUCAAAGAAGCCCUCUCAAAAUCCCUGGAAGAGUCUAAAACCACCCCUCGCCAGUUCAUAUCCAAAAAGAAAGUGACUUCUUACAAACCAAGGACCAAAAACGUGAACAUCUGCAUUUCAAACCCAGACAUCAGCAUAAAAACCUCAUAUCCCCAAAUAAACACCUCUAAAAUCCACAGUUCAAAACUCUGCUCCAAAAAACCCCUAUCCUCCAAACCACCUCCCUUCAGUCAGCCCCAUUCCUCCCCCAAGAACCCACCCUCUAAGCCUCCAGCUAAUCCUCCUCUCUAACAAGUCAGUACAAAUCCUCCGCUUAAAAAUUAUUAUUGGCUUCA